CUUUUACUCAGCCUCUCUUGCGCACGGUGCUCAUUCCAUGAAAUCACGCAGCAAACACACAGAACUCAGCCGCUGGAAAAUAUAAAAAAGUUUCUGAUUCGAGGAUUUGUGCGAAUAUAGGUUGAUACUUGGAAUAUUCUCAUUGAUGACCACUAUUAGGGGAGUUUCAUGAUGGAGUCCAAGAUCAUACUCAGAACAUCCUGUGGCAAUAAGGAUUGUUUGAUUGCAUGUCUGCAAUGACAACCUAUCAAGUGCUAAGGAAUACCAUUGCCAGCUGUGCCUUGGCCUGCCAUCGCCCCUCAGUGGACUAAGUGGUGGACUACAGAAUUUAUAGGAUUUAAAUUCAAAUCAGAGCCAUGGGUGACUCAAUGUAUUCCGACUUAAUAGCCAGACACUACAACUUCACAGGGAAGCUCCGGAAAGUGGAGCAGGAUUCCAGACUCAAAGCGGACUCUGUGGUUUUCAUCAUUGUAUGUUGCUUCAUUAUCCUUGAGAAUGUCUUGGUCCUGCUUACCAUUUGGAGGACCAAGAAGUUCCACAAGCCCAUGUACUACUUUAUUGGGAACUUAGCCCUAUCAGACUUGCUGGCGGGUGUGGUGUACACUGCCAACAUCCUGCUGUCAGGUGCCAACACAUACAAACUGACCCCCACACAGUGGUUCUUCCGGGAGGGGAGUAUGUUUGUGGCCCUGGCAGCCUCAGUCUUCAGCCUGCUGGCCAUCGCCAUUGAGCGCCACCUCACCAUGCUGAAGAUGAAGUUGCACAACAAUGGCAACACGUGCCGUGUCUUCAUGCUCAUCAGCACCGUGUGGCUGAUUGCAGCCAUCUUGGGCGGCCUGCCCAUCAUGGGCUGGAACUGCAUCCAGAGCAUGCCCAGCUGCUCCACCGUACUGCCGCUCUACCACAAGACCUACAUCCUGUUCUGCACCACCGUCUUCAGUGUCAUCCUCAUGGCCAUCGUGGUCCUGUACGCGCGCAUCUACGCCCUGGUGCGCACCCGCAGCCGCAAGCUGGUGUUCCGCAAGGUCUCCAACGGCCGCGGCGGGGGUAGCGCUAGCAGUAAGAGCUCGGAGAAGUCCAUGGCCCUGCUGAAGACCGUGAUCAUCGUGCUGAGCUGUUUCAUUGCCUGCUGGGCUCCACUCUUCAUCCUCCUGUUGCUGGACGUGGCCUGCGACAUCCGCAUGUGUGCCAUCCUGUACAAAGCCGAGUGGUUCCUGGCCCUGGCCGUGCUCAACUCGGCAAUGAACCCCCUCAUCUACACGCUCACCAGCAACGAGAUGCGCCGCGCCUUCCUAAAAACGCUCAUGUGCUGCAGUGUCUGCACCCGGCCCUCUGGCAAGUUCUCUCGGCCCAUCAUGGGUGCAGAGUUCAGCCGAAGCAAGUCGGACAACUCGUCCCACCCCAAUAAGGACGAGCCAGAGUACUCGCCAAGGGAGACCGUCGUGUCCUCUGGGAAUAUCACCUCCUCUUCUUAAAGGGCCUUGUGGACUGUUGUGAGAGAAUUAGCUCCACUGCUUAGGGAACGUGGAUGUGUGUAUAUAUGUUUUUGCGCAGUGUGCAAGUGUGUGUGUGUACAUUAUGUAUAUAUGUGUAUAAGUAGAGUGUGAGUGUUUGUAUGUGGUUUUGUUGCACCGUGGUUGUGUCUAUGUACAGUGUGUAAGUAGCCUCUUUAGUUUCCAUUUGUUUGAUCAUUUCUCGAAGGGUCUGUCUUUGAUGCAUGAGAAGAAACUCAUCAGAAUAAAAGGCUAAACUGGAAGAAAGUGAAUAUCUCUGGCCAUCCAGUAGCCCAUGCUAGAGAGUAGAACUGAAAGAGUGUUACAGUUUGUGUCCCCCCCCCCACACACACACACACGUUGAGGACGGCCAGCACUGAACUUAAUUUUUUCAUAUUCAAAAGACAAUGUCAUGGGGAAGCACUUACAGUACAGCACCCAACGUGCAAACCUGACUUCUCAGUAUUGAGUUCAACCAUGUUCUUUUUACAGAUUGAGAAGAAGCCCUUUUAGUCAAAGGUAUUUUUUAUGUAUUGAGUACAGCACUUGUUGUAAAAAGGCUCAUUAAAAACCAUCAACCAAUUAUAGGUGUUUACUGAUUCUCUAAGGUGUUGAUGGAAGUGUGACAAUAGUUAGCAGUGUUAAUUGUUCUCAUUGAAACGUUUAAGAAAUACAAUUAAUGAAGCGCUCGUGUUUCUUCGACUUAACUCUGAAGGCUAGUACAAUGUAAAUUCUACCCCUUGAUUAAGAAUGUGUUUUGUACUUGUAAUUUGUUUUAUUUCACUCUUAUUCGAUACAAGUUAUCUUUGUAGCGAUGCAAUGUAGUUGCAAUAAUAAUUUAUAUUCUGGUUGAUGUGUGACAAAGGUCGUCUUUCUUUUCCCAGUUGUGAUUUCUUUUUACCUGCCUUAAUAAAGGAGGAUUCCUUUUAGAUUUUGUAGAUGCUGUGGCUCCAGCCAUUCAACAUUUUGCAUAUUUGCCUGUUCCUCGGUUUCCACUCUCUUGUGAAAACCAGCAUGCCCCAAUAUUAGGGAAGGACACGAGGUCGGAAAAAAAAACACAAGAGAUUGACAUAAACUCAAUAGCUGUCGUCCAUUGUUGAAAGCACCGACCCCAAUAAUGACUUAGAUUUUUCAUAAAGGAAGAAGUGAACAUAGACCUUACUGUGGGCGCACACAUCAUCAAUAGCUCACUGGAAUGGUUCGGUGAAACCGCCUAUGGUUUGUUCAGUUAGUAAAUAUGUGUUAUUUAGAACCGUUAAACACCCACGGACAAGUACAAUAGCACUUGUCAGUUGUCAAUUAAUCCGUUUGCCAAACUUCCAUGUGACCCCAAGUCAUAUUUUGCACGUGUUUUUGUUGCAAUGUUUUGGUUAGCUCUUAAUAAAUAUUGGAAAUAAAAAAGGU